UAACUUAUCGAUUGCAAAACAUUUGUAAACCUAUGUUAAAAUUUGUUGUACUUUUCAACAGGGUGAUUAUGGCAAAUACCUUGUAAGCAAUCUAUUUGUUUGCAUUUGCUUGGAAAUUAAACUAAAGAACAUGCACAAAAAAAUGGAGGACAUGUGUCGGGUUUGCCUGGGAAACCACGAUAACAUGGUCAACAUAUUCGGAAGGACGCAAGAAUUUGGAGCCCCUAUUUCGGAUAUGAUAGCUCAGUGGUCCGGCUACCAAGUUGAAAAGGGCGACUCCCUUCCUGAAACCAUUUGCCCCACUUGCUUGGAAGAUGCGCAAAAUGCAUACGAGAUUCAACAGACUUACGGAAUUGAACACUCAUUCUUAUGUCAAACGAAGGUGCACACCAUCAAAGAAGAGUUCACCGAAAAAGGGGAAUUAAAUGAAAACAAGGCAUUCCAGCAGUUUCAUAACCAACUGGUGAACGAACCAAUUGGACUAGCCUCCGAUGAGGAUGAAAUCAAUAUUGAAGAGGACGAAUUCAGUGAUAUAUCAGGCAAUGAAAUUAAUCAAUCGCUUAUUCAAGAUAGCAAAGUCUGUAACAUAUCAGAGCUUGAAAUUGAUCAGUUAGACUACAACUCUGAAGAAAAUGAAGAUGCCGAUUCGAGAUGUGGGGGUGAUAAAGACGGUGGUGAUUUAGAUAUUGCUAAUAAUAACUUGUAUUUCAAGCGUCUUCAAUGUCCGAGGAAUUUUAAUGGUAAAUUCAGCUUGGAAAGGCAUGUUCGCAAGCACAAUAAUGAGCGACCUUACCAGUGUUCCCACUGCUUGGAAUCCUUUUCUCAACAUGCUACUCUUACAAAUCACAUCAGGAUUCACACUGAGGAGCGAUCAUAUGAGUGCGAUCAAUGUUCAAGUUCCUUUCAUGCUGCAUCAAAUUAUUAUGAGCACAUACGAACUCAUAAGAAGCAACAAUCACCAAAAAAAACUUCUUUGAAGAGAAAAAUAAGUGUUCGUACAGAUGAUCGACGGUAUAUAUGUGAUUAUUGUCCGAAGUUGUUUAAGCAUAAAAAUAAUCUUCAGCGACACAUUCUUGCUCAUAAGGGAGAACGACCAUUCAAGUGCAUGCAAUGCCAUAAGGCUUUUCGGGACAAGCAAUAUUUAAAGAUACAUGCUAGGACUCACACGGGUGAAACGCCUUUUAAGUGUGAUGAGUGUCAAAAGUCGUUUAGGUUUAAAACAUCUUUCAGGGUGCACAUGCGUAUUCACACGGGAGAAAGGCCGUAUAAAUGUGAUCCGUGCCAAAAAGCUUUCAAAGAUCUUACCUCCCUACAAAGGCACAAACGAAGUCACGGGGAUGAAUACGCGCUUAAAUGUAAUCAUUGCGAAUCGUCUUUCACGGACUCCUUUAGUCUAAAGGUGCAUCAGAGAAUUCACACGGGGGAACGACCAUAUAAAUGUAACCAAUGCGAAAAGUCUUUUCAGUAUGAUUCUUCUCUCAAGGUGCACAUAAGAACUCACACGGGAGUAUAAGUGUAAUCAUUAUUUGGAAAUAAAAAAAAAAUAAAAAACUGCUCUUUUUUGGAUUUUUGUUAAUAUUAAUCGAUCUAUAUAGCCACUUUCAAGAAAUAAAAGGGAUAGUUGAAAAUUUGUAAUUAAAAUCUAAAUGUUCGAAAAAAAAGAGCUAAAGGACUUUGAUAAGGAUAAAAGCAGCUAUGACAGCGAGAAAUGCCAGAACCAUAAAAGUGUCUUUAAUGGCCAAAAUGAGAGCUAGUUCCUUUGCCUAAAGUUCAACGUAAACAUCUUUUAAUGAUAACUAAUUUUGAGGGUAUCCUGAACUUUAUAAAGACAAGAGAAUUAAUCACCAAAAAAUAUUAAAAGAUGUUUUAAAUAUAAGUUGUAACUCGUGUGGCUGCCAAUGACUCACCCCUGAACUUUAAUUCUAAGGACAAACACAUAUUUUCAUUCAAAAUCGGAUUUGAUUUAUUGUUCAAUAACGCUUUAUACUAACUAGAUUUCAAUACUCGUAUUUCGCUUUAAAAUUCAACAAAAUUAAAAUCGUGAGAGAGCUCGCUUAACAAUACACAACGUAAUCGUAAAUAAUGCAAUGAAUUAAGAAUAAGUUAGCACAUUGAGAAGUUUAGCUAAAA